CCCCCCCAUCCUUCCCCCCUCCCCCAGGGUGGCUGCUGCCCGGACCUGCGGCUGCUGGAGGUGAAUGCGGAGAUCAAGCAAUGCACCCAGCACUUCCAGCUCCCCAUUGAACAGCUCCAGGCCGCCUGUCCACAGCUGCAGGUGCUGCGGCUGCUCAACGUCACCUACUACCCAAAGCAACUCCCCGCCUCGUCCCCACCGUCCCUGGGCUUCCCACAGCUGGAGGAGCUGUGCCUGGCCACCACGGCCUUCUCCUUCGUGGACAACCACAUGCUGUGGCGCAUCCUCAGCGCCUCCAGCCGCCUCCGCGUCCUGGACCUGCGUGGCUGCGUCCGUGUGACGCCCAAAGGGCUGGAGCGGCUGACCUGCCCAGGUGGGUGCAGAAGAGGGGGCUCCCCUGUUUCCGGGCAACGCGUUAGGUUCUCCUCUCCCCUCCUUAGCCUCCAGCCCCACACUGGGGGGGGGGGAUCUGGGUGUGGGAAAACAGCCCCCCCACCCCGUAGGCUCCUGUUUCCUGCAAAGGCAGCAGAAGGCGAGACCAGAAGCAACAGACGGAAACUUGGUUUGGCCCGGCCUCCUCCUGGCAGGGCUGAGCGAAGGUCACCCAGCUGGCAUCGGGCCUGGCAGGACCGGAGUGCCCGGGUUCCAGCCUGAUGCUCCCCCUCCGCCCCAAACGGGGGGCGUGGAUGGCAUCCCUGAAGCCCGCCCACCCACCAAAGGGACAGGGUCUUGCCUCCCCUCUUCUUCCCUGGACGGCCGCGGGGGCCUUCAAGAACCGGGGUGUCAGCCCAAAACUUGGCUAACAGGAGCUUUUACGUGUGGCUCUUUGGAGGGUGGGUGGUUUAUGGGGGCCACCCUGAGAUCCAGGAGACGUUCGCACGCACCCUGUCAAACUCAGCCCCC